AUGACGCUCAGUGCACUCGCGCUCCUUCCAGCGACCCCACCUCAACCACCGGCACCGGCCUGCCCGCUGUAUGAUGCAUACAGCGGCAGGCGAGGAGACGAAGCGAGCACGGACAGCCGUCUCGGCGCUGUCCUGCAGUACGCCACGCCGGAGCUGUGCAUGCAGCGCUGCAGCGCUGAGCCCGAGUGCGCAUGCGUUCAACUCGACACCACCGCUGACUGCUACAUGCUUCGAUCCGCUGCAUGUCGCGACCCGUCCUCGCUGCCACGUGAUGAGUACUACAGCGUGUACGUCAAGACUGCUUGCGGCCACGCGCCAGACGUGCGGGCUUGGCGCGCCCCGCCCGCCGACCCGAUGCCGCCGCAGCCCGAUUCGCCGCCGCCAGCUGCCAGCUGGGCGGCCUGGGACGACGACCUGUGGUGGCCGCCGGCGCCUGCUCCGCCACCGUCGCUGCCCCCGGGCACCUUCGACGGCAAGCCCGCCCUGCAGGCUGCAGUCGACCUCUGGUGCACCAACGAGCCGGCCGCCAUUGCGGCGUACGGCCACAUCUCGGGCUGGGACGUGAGCGCGAUCACCGACAUGAGCUGUCUGUUCAGCGCUACGUCGUGGUGCGAGAGGAACGGCGGCGGCUCCACGACCGGCAAGGACACGUGCAACCCCGAUAUCGGGUCGUGGGACGUGUCGGCGGCCACCACCAUGAGGUUCAUGUUCCACGGCGCCUCCUCCUUCGACCAGGACAUCGGGUCGUGGAACGUGUCGGCGGCCACCACCAUGAGGUCCAUGUUCUCCGGCGCCUCCUCCUUCGACCAGGACAUCGGCUCGUGGAAUAUGUCGGCGGCCAUCGACAUGAGCGGCAUGUUCGCCUACGCCUCCUCCUUCGACCAGGACAUCGGGGCGUGGGACGUGUCGGCGGCCACCAACAUGGGCUGGAUGUUCGACGGCGCCUCCUCCUUCGACCAGGACAUCGGGUCGUGGGACGUGUCGUCGGUCACAGACAUGAGUGUCAUGUUCCACCACGCCGACGCCUUCGACCAGGACAUCGGCUCGUGGAAUAUGUCGGCGACCACCGACAUGAGCUUCAUGUUCUACUACGCCCCCUCCUUCAACCAGGACAUCGGGGCGUGGGACGUGUCGGCGGCCACCGACAUGAGGUUCAUGUUCAACGGCGCCUCCUCCUUCGACCAGGACAUCGGGGCGUGGGACGUGUCGGCGGCCACCAACAUGGGCUGGAUGUUCGACGGCGCCUCCUCCUUCGACCAGGACAUCGGGUCGUGGGACGUGUCGGCGGCCACCACCAUGAUUGGCAUGUUCCGCAGCGCCUCCUCCUUCGACCAGGACAUCGGCUCGUGGAAUAUGUCGGCGGCCAUCGACAUGAGCUACAUGUUCGCCUACGCCUCCUCCUUCGACCAGGACAUCGGGUCGUGGGACGUGUCGGCGGCCACCACCAUGCGCUACAUGUUCUGGGGCGCCUCCUCCUUCGACCAGAACAUCGGGUCGUGGGACGUGUCGGCGGCCACCGACAUGCACGGCAUGUUCUACGGCGCCUCCUCCUUCGACCAGGACAUCGGGGCGUGGGACGUGUCGGCGGCCACCGACAUGCGCGACAUGUUCUGGCACGCCUCCUCCCUCAGCGACUGCAACAAGGCGCUCAUCCACGCCAGCUUCGACGCACAGACGAGCGCGUGGCCCUACUCAUGGGGCUCACUAGA